GAACCGCUAGGUCAGGCGGGUAAAAUGAAGUAGAAUGAAAGGUCACUUUGACGUCUGCAACCUUUCUGAGGAAGAAAGAAAGCGGAUCGAUGAAUUUAUCUGCUUGUCAUCCCUACGGCUCUCAAGCACGUCAUGCGACCUACAACAGGUGGCAUUUUGUUUUUUGGCUGCCAGAAAAUUUUCUCUUGCACAGGCUAUUGAAUUGUACAACAAUUAUCAGAAUAUGCUUGUCCGAGAAAAUCUCCCAGAGCGCAUUGAUCCUUUCGAUGAGGAUGUCAGGCAAGAAUUGUUAUCCGGCAAAUUUGUGAUCCUGAAUGACCACGAGCCCAAUGGAGCUCGCGUCGCCCAGUUUUUUGUCCGUUUGUAUCGCUCAACGACAAACCAACGUGCUCUCCUCCAAAGCAUUCUGUUCCAGUUGGAUGCCACGUUUAAACGAGAGAGCGCCAUGCGAAGCGGGCUGGUCCUUAUCUAUGAUAUGACAGACGCAAAAUUCUUCAACAUAGACUGUGUAUUUGGAAUCAAGUUGUUUAAAUUGCUCCAGUCAAGCUACCCAGUUCGACUGCGUCGCAUAUUGAUUUUGACCGCUCCCUUGUGGUUCCGCGCAUCUUUCCGCAUGAUGCAUCGAUUCAUCCGGGACCAACUCCCCAAUUGCGUCAAUGUUCUUCGACCGUCGCCGGGUACUAAAUUGGACGCACUCAGUCAUCCGGAUUUUGUGGCGUUGCGGCGGGAGCACUACGCUUGGCUUCAGACGGCAUUGACCCGUACCGGAUGGCUCUCAACGGACGCGGAACAGAGUGCACCCUUUGACCUUCACGAAAACCGAGCAACCGAACCCUUCAGGAUUUCUGAUUCGUCAGAUUCUCAUGAAACUCGCCCACAUUCUAUUCAUGGAGAACACGCUGAAACCCCAACCCCGCCAUCUGUCGUGAAGCGGCUGGUACGUCCCCUGAACGAUUCAGUUAACGCUGUGAAUUCAAAUGUGCCAACUGGAACCACAGCUUCGACACGACCGACGACUAUCAAUUCCUCUUUGUUGGAUACCGAUAUGGGUUUCAGCGAACAUGCCAUCUCCCCACUUGCCAUAGAAUCAAUCACUCCUACCGCAGACACAGCGGGUUAUUCGUCCAGUGAUCCCAUACAUCCCAGUCUUCAACGAGAAACACGGAAAAUCAAUCAACAUCGCCAUUCUGCUGGCACUGAGUCGUCAUGCUCUUCCAUCACCUCGUUUUUCUCCACUGGUUCCGUGGGCGUCUCCUCGGCACUUAGCACACAUUCGGCCGACUGCAGUCCGACCGGGGAACAGUUGUUUCAACGAGUUGGUCUCACUGCUCUUGGCGGCUCCUUGAUUGCGCAUCCCAAAGUUGACAAUGCUCCCCUGAUCUGCGUGUCUCCCGAUCGGGGCACAUGGCCAGAUGACGGAUUGCAUUUUCCUCGCGUUGCACCUCUCGCUGAAGACGAGAUCGGAGACCAAACCAUCCGGUCUGAUAGGCGAAGCUCAGGUUGUGAGCAGAACGGUAUAGACGAUGAGGAUUCAGAUGACUCGGUGAGACCUCCAUUGGCCCCGCCUUCUGAAGACUCUCCACCUUCAUGGGCCAUCGGUCGGCCACGUGGUCGCACAAUCCAUCAGGGACCCGCUGAUUCUAACUUGGCUUCUGAGGCAUCCUUGAGCAUAGAGCCUUCUUCAUGUGACCUUAACUCUAAUGUUGUCCCAGACCUACUGGAAGAUGACAUUCCCAGUGUGCCAUUCACCCAGCCUUCCGUUCAAUCAGCUCCACUCACAGAUCCGGAUGAAACGAAAAGUAUGGACAGCGACACCAUCGAUGUGACGGAGGAUACCUCAUCAGAGGAGGAUCUAUGUGAGAUGUCAGAAAACGAGGAAGAUGGGCAAGACAUUGAUUUGGAGGAUUAUUGGAUGACACCCGAAAUGCUUGUCUCACAUGUUGCGCUAUUGGGCUUGAAGGGCUUGCAAAUGGAAUACAACUCAGUUGUUCGGAUAAAAUCUCCAGGAUCCCGAGCCGCAUUCAAACACUCACAAAAUCGACAGAAGAACCGAUAUUGUGAUGUCAUAUGCUACGAUAGUAGUCGUGUACGCCUCCGAUCAAUCGCCACUCGAUUACCGCUUUCGAAGUGCUCAGAACCACUGCAUCCCGUUCCUAUCACAUCGAAAGCUUUUCUUCAUCGAACUCUUUCCGCUCCAGCAGCGGCAGUUGACUUGGUUCGCAAUUACAUCCACGCCAACUGGGUCGACGGAUAUCGACAGAAGAACGCAUUCAUUUGCGCCCAAGGCCCGUUGUUCACCACCGUUGGGGACUUUUGGCAAAUGAUUUGGGACUACCACGUGCCGAUAGUUGCAAUGAUCGCCAAGGUCUACGAAGCGGACAGUGUGAAAUGUUUCCCCUAUUGGCCACCUCCCAAAAGAAGAUUAUAUUUCACCUGCGGCUUUCCAGGCACAUUACCGCCCCCAGAAGACGCUGGUGUCUCUGGAUGUCUUUCCUCUCCGGAUGAUUCUUCUACUCCUGUUCCUGAAUUUGAAGUCAGCAACGUCUGUCAUCAAGACGAGGAGUACUUCACCUGUAGCACUCUCCGGCUUACGCAUUUGAAGACGGGCCAUCGACGAAUUGUGAAACAUUUCUCGUUCUCCUCUUGGCCCGACCACGGUGUUCCCCAGACCACCGAGGGAUUGUUGAAACUUCUUUCCUCCGUGCAGCAAUCCUAUCUGAACGCUAUCCUCCCUCUUGGUUACACAUCUUUUAUGGAUCAGAAGGUUCCUCCGCCUCCUGUGGUAGUUCACUGCAGCGCUGGAAUCGGCCGCACAGGCACCUACGUCACAGCGGACAUUUGUACCAAGUGGCUGGCGGAUCCUGACUGCUCUGAUCACCGUAUCAACAUACCACUGACCGUCAACCGGAUCCGCUCACAGCGGUACGGGUGUGUUCAGGUUGCCGCCCAAUACGUGUUUUGCUACCGAGUCGUCAUUGACUUCGCUUUACAGGCCGGCUUCUUGGACACAGAACGGGUGCAGUGGAUGUCUUCACAGCUAUCUGCUCCAUCAGAUACCCGUGAUCGGCCCAGCCGUUCAUUCGACGUUGAGGGGGCUGACAUGACUGCGUCGGAGGCAAACAAAUUUAGUGGCCGAAUGAGUGCUGCGUUUGCUGAGCUUCGCGAUUUGUUCCCUCCAUCACAGCUAAUGUCCAUCUGGCAUGCCUUGCAUCCUAAACGCGACCACCCUCCAGUAGCGGACUCCAAUUUCAUAUUGAUCGAAAACGGAUGUUCAGACUCCGAUGAAUCAGCGGAACUGGAGUCUGACAUUUAUGCGCAAAGUGAUGCGGAGACCGAAUGUGCCUAAGUGUUCACCAUCUCAUCCGAGAUGCGCGGCGUGCUCUCACGCGCUGGACUCAUCGCGAUUCCCCACUCUCCUUCCUCUCGUGUACAGACUGAUCAGUGUAUUUUGUGACAUGCGAAUUGUGGUACUGUUGUUCCCCGGACAUUCAACACAAUGUGAACAUUUUUGGGUCCUGCCAACCCUUGUCCUUUUCUCAGAAUUUGAUGUGAUGUCAAAAUGUGCUGUUCUACCCAAACUGUUUCACUGUACAUAUAGGGAUUCAUCUGUAUACGCGUGCCUCUUAUACACAUAUUUGCUGAAAAGUGACUGGUGCGUGUAUAUUUGGGUGCGUCGCCGCAUCACCCACCCCAUUUUCACUUCUCUUAUACGUUCUUUCGCCAACUUUUACACCAUUUUUGUCCUUUAUAACAGACUUCUUGAUCCUUUUUCGACACAGAGACAUGCCUAUGUUCACACCGAUAUCCGCUUUGUAUUCUCCUACUAUAAAUACAUUAUGCCUAUAUUCAAC